UGGUAGGAAUAAUCGCCUUGAUUUCUCCGGGGUAGAAUCCCUUGUUGCUUAGUGGGUUGCCACGGGGAUGGCCAACAAUAGAGAACCCGAGACCAAAGAACGCCAGAGGCCAAAUGUCCCGCUCGGCAGGCACACACACGCAUAGCGCAGGACACCUUUUGAGUGUGUGCUUUGCCACAGCAUGUGAGAAAGAGCCAUGUUUACGACAUGCAGAGACGGGCAGGAAUCGCACCUUCCCGGAUGGAGGAUCGAGCCUAAGUAUUCGACCAAAGUCCUGAUCGGAAACUGGCUGGAGGAGAGGAAAAAGUUCAUACGGGAUCACCGAGGAACCGGCAACAGCACGUAUGGGCGGGAUUUCGUCCGGUUUCCUUCGGAAGUCCCGGACCGAACGGUGUUGCGGAGGAUGAAGAAGCAGAUGGACGGCCUCCCGAAGAAGUUUGUCCUGACCCACCACGAAGAACCGAACCACCAGCACUUGGUCUCGCAGUACGACGACCAAUACAACCGGCACGGCUACAAUCCCAUCCUACCACCGCUUCGGAAGUGGCAAGUGCAAAAGUUUGCCUGGGUCCCGGAGAAAUCGGACUUCCCGAUUCUCGAGCCUCCAACCAACUACGGACUGUUUGAGCAUCUGGUGAAAAAAUGGACGCGCAAAGAGCACGGGCGCAUGAACAGCGUCUACAACGUUUCCUACCCAAAGCCUCCGGCCGGAUCCUACACCGUCCGCCAGCGACCCAUCACCACCCACAUCCUGCAGGCCAACCAGGAGAUAUGGCUGCCCCGGAGCAGCGACCCAUACCUGUGAAAGUAACGUCUGUAUUUCCGCUCAGAUACCGGAUUAAAUACCCCACUGUUGACGUAAAAGUAAUGAGGAAGUGGUGGUAUUUCAUAUAAGUUAUUUGCCAUGAAAUAUAGUAUAUUAUUAAAUAUGUGUGGGUAUGGAUGAGUUGAAUGGAAGGAAGGAACAAAUGAGAGCUAAAUUUUGGAGACACCAUUCAAAAAUGUUAAGGCCCGCAAUGACUAAUUUCCCGCUUGCUGAACUGUAAUUAAAAGUUGCUAAUGAGAGCUGAAAAUA